CGCCGCUAUCCCGGCAUGCCCCUGUUUCAGGAAGGGUGGGGCAGUAGCGGCGGCGGGGGCGUGGUCUGCCUGUCAGCCGAGCCUGUCGUCUCGGUAGCCAGUGGAGGAGGCGGCGCGCCUGGGCCUGGGGGCGGCAGCCUGGGACGCAGGAUGUUACGCCUUCGACUUAUUCCUGCAGUAGCGGGACUAACAGUGGUUUUGCGUCGUCAUCAUGGAAUGGUAUAUCGCACCAGGAGCAGGCACAGACUUAUGUUGGCAGCUUUUAUAGGAACCACUGCAGCAACAGCAAGUGCUGGACUGUUGUGGAAGAGGGUCCAUGCAGAAGUGCCAUCAUCUGUAAAACACAAUUCAAGGACAGACCCUAAAGAGAAAGAGAAGGACCAGGAGGAAGAGGACAGCAGUGAGGUUGAUGGAAGGCAGGCAGUUGAAUCAAGUGGUGAAAAGGCUCAGCCAGAAGGGAAGAAGAAGAAACGUUCUGGAUUUAGGGACCGCAAGGUGAUGGAAUAUGAGAAUAGGAUCCGGGCCUACUCCACUCCAGACAAAAUCUUCAGAUACUUUGCCACUUUGAAAGUAAUAAAUGAACAUGGAGAUUCAGAGGUGUUUAUGACGCCACAAGAUUUUGUGAGAUCCAUAACUCCUAAUGAAAAACAGCCAGAACAUCUCGGCCUUGAUCAAUUUAUUCUGAAGCGUUAUGAUGGAAAGAUACUGCUUAAAUUUUCAUUUAAAUUAUUAGAUGAACUAAUCCCCAAUCUGCUGUCAAGUAGAAUGAAGUUAUCCCAGGAACGAGAGAAGUUUGCUGAUGAAGACAGUAUAUUUUAUACCCUUGGAGAAUGUGGACUCAUCUCUUUUUCUGACUACAUCUUCCUUACUACUGUUCUUUCCACUCCCCAGAGGAAUUUUGAAAUAGCCUUCAAAAUGUUUGAUCUGAAUGGUGACGGUGAAGUGGACAUGGAAGAGUUUGAGCAGGUCCAAAGCAUCAUUCGCUCCCAAACCAGCAUGGGCAUGCGUCACAGAGAUCGUUCCACUACAGGGAAUACCCUGAAAACAGGAUUCAAUUCAGCUUUGACGACCUACUUUUUUGGAGCUGAUCUGAAAGGAAAACUGACUAUUUCACACUUCUUAGAGUUCCAGCGCAAACUGCAGCAUGAUGUCCUGAAGCUUGAGUUUGAACGGCAUGACCCUGUGAAUGGGCGGAUCACUGAGCGUCAGUUUGGUAGCAUGCUGCUGGCUUACAGUGGAGUGCAGUCCAAGAAGCUUAUUCAUAUGCUGAAGCAGCUCAAGAAACACUUUCAGGAUGGAGAGGGACUGACAUUUGAAGAAGUGGAAAAUUUCUUUACUUUUCUGAAGAAUAUAAAUGAUGUGGACACCGCUUUGAGCUUUUACCACAUGGCUGGCGCUUCUCUUGAUAAAGUCACUAUGCAGCAGGUAGCCAGGACAGUGGCAAAAGUGGAGCUUUCCGACCAUGUGUGUGACGUGGUGUUUGCUCUCUUCGACUGUGAUGGAAAUGGAGAGUUGAGUAACAAGGAGUUUGUUGCCAUUAUGAAGCAGCGACUUAUGAGAGGCUUAGAGAAGCCCAAAGACAUGGGAUUUACACGACUCGUGAGGGCAAUGUGGAAAUGCGCUCAGGACACAGCUUGGGACUUCACCAUGCCUAAACAAUAACCACAGGUAGUGGAAGAAGCUGGAUUACAGCAUGCUGAUGGGGCCAUGCGUCUACCUGUGCUGCUCUGGCAAUAUGUCAUGCCAUCAAGUCAGGUGUUCUGCAGAUGAAUGUUCAUCAUGCAGAUAUCUCCUAGAUGACAACAGACUCAUCGCUACACUGAAUUAGAAAGAAACAAAGACUGUUAACUGAGGUUUCUCUAAUCACCUUAAUGGAAAUUGAAGCCUACUGUAUCUUUUAUCUUGCCAGUGCUUUUGCCUCCGUGAUAUUUAUCUCUCAGGAAAAUGACAAAGUUAAUUAUCUCUGUGUAUUGCUUUGCUUCUAUGCUAUAUUCUGCAUCCAACAAACCUAGGGUAUUAUGUAGAACGUAACAGUGCCAGAAAACAACAUUGGUCAACAAUGCAGUUAAGUGCAUCAAACAGUGAGAGAAAUGCCUAGCAUAUCUAAGAACAGAUCUUAGGUUGCUGCUCCCAAAUUACUUUUAGUUUUUAAUUUUAAGUAUUAUUCACUAAACACUGUUUAGAUUAUCCUUUGACUUUUGUGCAAAAGCCAUGGGAUUUGUCGAAGGUAGAUUUAAUCUGUAUUUAUUGCUGAAGUUGUUUGUAAGAAAGGCAGAAAUAAGGGUGAGAGUAGAACCUCAGAACUUUCUCAGACCUGAUUUUUUUCCCAUGAGAUGAGGUUUUAUCUCACAGGUUUGUGUGAAAUGAGUAGGGUGUGCAUGCCCCAUGACAGUUGUUGCCUUUUAUAUAAGAAGUUAAGAAUAAUGACUUUUUUUUUCUCCUGGCUUUUUCCUCUUUCACAAGAAUCUUGCAAUGCCUAAGCACCUGCACAUAUAUGCCUUUUGUAAUUCUUUUUUAAUAGGAGACUUCUUCCCCUCUGGGAUUGUUCUUUUGGACCCAGCACAUUGGCUUAAAAAUGUUAAGUGAAUGCCUGACUGCUUGUAAAAUAUGGCUUUAAUUAUAAUGGUUCACAGCAAAAGCAAAUAUUCUUAUUUCACUUAUUCUAUGGGAAUCCUUGUGACUUGUAGCAGUUUGAUUUUGCAUUGGCAGCAAGCCCAUAAAAGGGUAAUUUCUGCUGAAAAUGAAUGCCUCCUAAAAAUACAAGAAGUAAACACAACAGUUUCAGAGAA